AUGGAACUUCUGAUGGCUUGGCUUCAACUUCGAACGAAUGCUCCUGGCCUUCAAGGGGCCUUUGUCAUUGAAGAUCGAUCAGUCUACGAUGCAAACUGCGCGUCAAAGAUGCUCACUUUCUUGACAUGUCCGAAGUCAAGUAUAGAAGACGUCUGUGUGAAGAGGCUGGAUCCCGAGAGCUUCAUCGUCGAAUGCCCAGUCUUCGCAGCGAUUCGAACAAGAGUCAAAGCCGGACCGGUUCCACCCGGGUUCACAAGGCUGUUCCUGGAAAGAAUCACUUCCACGCCUAUUGUUGUAGAGAAACUAUACGCCCAAAUACUCUGUCCACUCAGCCAUGUCGUGGCCCUCAUGGUGGAUGACUUAGGCGGUUUGUCAAAAUCGGCCGGUGUUCUAGCAUCAUUGAUGUGCAACUGGAGAACACUCAGCAUAUCUCCGAAGCCUUUGCUUUUUGUGGUUACCAAGGACAAGGGAAUCACGGAAGAUAUAUUCGUCAGAGAAGUUACUUUGCAUUGCUUGGAGCUUCUGCGGGUUCUUCACGCUGACACGCCACCGACGUACACGCAUGUCAAAAGCGAAUGGACCACAAAUUUCGAAAGCAUAGCCAUUGUUGCGACAGAGGAAGUGAAUCUAUAUUACCAUCUCGUCAUCUUUUCAGAAGACAUCUUACGGCAAAGAAGACAGAAGCGAUUUGCCUUCGCUUCUGAUACACUCCACAAACUCGUCAUUCAAGGCAUCUGUCAAAUAGGGAGUAGGGAGGAAUUCAACAUCGUGAGGUCGCUACGAUCACAGUCACAGCGAUUUCUCCCAUCCCUCUUUGUGCCAUACGCCCUAAAGCUAUCAAGUACGAAGGAAGAGUUUCCCGAGUUCAAUUGGCGAAGUCUCAUAGCUUCUUCUCUGGUGGUUGACAGUCAUCGGCCCUCUCAUCAUGUGUUUCAAUCCGACCUAAUUUUUGAAGAGGAGUAUGAAUGCAUGCUUGGCUACCUUGCACUAAAGGCUCGACAGCCUGGGUUAGUGGCUUCAGUCAAGCAAGACUUUUGUAGUAUGAUUGCAGGCGCUGCGGCCAAUCCGGAAGCUCUUCUAGAAGUCCACUUGCAACUUCUCAAAACCCACGGCGAAAAACUGUUUCCUUCUCAGGCUUGUGCUAUAUGCUUUUUUCGAGCCGCAACGCAUACUGCUACCUGUUCACACAAACUGUGUGAUUCAUGCAUCGAUCUUCUUGAGAUGCCGAGCAACGUUAUGCAACACCCCACUUGUCGUCUCUGUCAAAAGGGCGAAAUUCUGAUCAAGCCACGCGAUGUGGCUGUGCGAGCAUUGAUACUGCACGGAAGGACUUCCCGAGGUACCGUCAGCUUUCUUCAUCGUUUGCGGCGCGCUUUGCUGGGCCCGCUUGAAGAGUACUUUGAUAUUGUGAUAGCGUUAGAUAGAGCUGUACCUGUCGUUUUAGAUCAUUUUUGCCGUCGCUGGCCUUUAUCUCAAUGCGUUCCGAGCUAUAAAAGUAAGAAAUGGAUACUGAAUAAGUUGAGUAGGCGAGUUCCAAGUUUACUGGGAAAUCAAUGUCAUUUGAUCCUCUUGCGUGGAAAGACUAUCAUGAGCAGCUAUGGCGAGCCACGGAGGAAACAGGAUCGCCAGCCGGAAGUGAUAGAAGCGGAGCUUGCUAAGUUGUGGCCAUCCAAGCCAGUUCUCAGAGUAGAGCAUGACAAAGACUCAUCUUGGCUGGAGGGAAAUGUGCAAGCAAACAUGGCUUUUGCUGCGCUGUUCCAUGUGGUAGUAUCUGAUAGCCCUGAGUCGACGUGCGCUCACUUGACGGUGUUCUGUUCGAUACCGCCGGGAGCUCAUCUUCAACGCAUUGCUAUGCAUGCGCGGACGAAAAAGAUGAGUUUCUACUACGGAGACCAAGGAGGAUGGUCUCAAGAAGAUCUAUGCGAUAUCUCUACAUGGAAUUGCGUUCGAUCAGGUGGCGCCUUUACUAAACGAAUCAACGUCAAUCAGCCUGAUCCGAGAUCGAUCAAGGCGAAGAUUGAUGGUCCAUUCGAGAUGAUGGAUCGUUCAGACAUUCAAGUCAUAUCUCGCCUCACGCAAACACCUCGCGUCGAGACGAAAGAAUACGACUCGCCCUUUCAGCAUCUGUCCGAAGAUAUCGAUUGUUCUGAGGCUAGACGGUCCUUGGAUCGUUCUAAUACAAGUGAGGAGGAGUUCCAAUUGCGACCGCUCAUUCACAAGACCGAAUUUGAGGAGAUACUGGCGACGAGGGACGUUCCUUCAGUUGGAUCUCACAUUAUGGUGGACAAUUGUACAGCUGGCAUUCAUCGAAGAACAGAAUUCUUUGAAUUUCUCAAGCUCUACAGAAACAGUCUUGUAUAAGGGGAACCAACUCCUAGGCGAAGCAAUUGAUGAAAUGUUAAACAAACUGGGGGAGAUACGGAUAAGACAAUGACGGACCAGAGAGUUCCUAGCUAAGCCAUGUUCAAAGCUUGCAACAGAUCUUUUUGCCCUAAAAGUGUGUACGAGAAUUCUGAGAUCGUGUCACCAUCUUUCUGCGUCGAUCAUCUUCUGAGCAUGUUCUCUUUCUCUUUCUGGUUCCUUGAUCACCGUGAUGUUGCGGUCUUCUAAUAGCCUGUUGCUCGUCAGGGGUUUUCGAGCCUUGCCAAUCAAUGACAGCCUUAUGCCCGAUAUCUC